UUUUGUUGGAUUUAUUUAUUUAUUCAGUUCCGGUUCAACCGCGCGUAGGUAUACAUAUAUUUAGUGACGCGCAGAGACUGGCAACUGUUGCCGUAGGAAUAAACGCCAUAGACACGGUAUCUGUGACGACUGUUACCCACCAACGACAAAGUUGACUCUGAUGACGAGGUGCCUGACCUUGACUUGAUGGCCACACCGACCUUUGUGACUGACCUACAAGCCAUGAAUCCUACUGUCGUACAAGUGCACCAGGUUAACCAGAACUCUAAGUCUCCCGUGACAAGCCAUUCAGCCCAGGGCCAGAAGACAGCCACCAUUAUACAGUCCACACACGGAACUCAGCAGCAGUUCAUCGUCACAUCUUCAGUGGCGGAGGCGCUGACUGAGCAGAAUGCAAGCAACCAGGAGAACAUUAUCAACCAGGCCGGCCAGGUGUACCCCGCACAUGUUCAGUACGUAGAUGGAAAUGAUCCAAGUAUCUACGCAUCUACAAACGGUCAAAUGGUCCGCUGGAACAAUGAAGGACAAUAUGGUACGGAGUACACCGGGCAGACGGCCGUUUACAAUGCCUCAACAGGAACUUACUAUCAAACAGGAGCCGGACAGGUUGCCACGGGGAUCUCUAACAUGGGAAUGAUGCAGGGACACAUCCUGACGCAACAGGGUGGCAACACGUACCUGAUCCAGGGGGGCACGAUGGACGGGGAGGGAACCCCCCUCACCCACACCACUCGUGCCUCACCCGCUACGGAUGAGUUGUACAACAGAAGUCAAGAACAGUCGGCUCUGGCGCGGUAUGCCAGCAGCCUCGAGGGAAAAGGUAGCUCUGUAAACCUUGACGUUCCAUCACUCAAGAGCGGGGUCCAAUGGCUGAUGGACAAUUACGAGACAGCUGAUGGAGUGAGCCUCCCCCGGAGCACACUAUACAACCACUACCUGCGCCACUGCCAGGAACAAAACCUUGACCCAAUGAACCCUGCGUCCUUCGGCAAGCUCAUACGCUCUGUGUUUCUUGGCCUGAGGACAAGGCGUCUUGGCACUAGGGGAAAUUCAAAAUACCACUAUUACGGAAUUCGGAUCAAAGCAAACUCACCACUCAACCAGUUUACAGAUGAUCAAACUAUGCCAAUGCGGCAGCAACCUCUUUAUCAGGGUAAAAAGUUCAGGCCAAAGUCAGAGGGAGGGGAGGGAGGUUAUGGGGGUGGGGAAACUGAGCACCAACCUCCCACACAGCAACAACAGCACCAACAGUUCCUGGGCGAUGCCUCCACUGCCAUACCAAACUUUGGGGAGAUAGAAGUCACCUCGCUGCCUAUGCCCGAGGGCAUCACAAUGGACCACCUCAUGAUAUUCCAGAAAAUGUACAGAGAACACGCUGAGGCCAUAGUUGAUGUUGUGGUCAAUCUACAGUUCUCACUGAUCGAGGCUCUGUGGCAGGGCUUCUGGCGUAACCAGUCACUUGACACUGGCCCAGAUAACGACUACGAGCGCCGACUGCCACGUGACAAGCUCUACUUGAUGUGUAAAUACGAACCCAUACAGAACUAUGUGAGGAAGUCAGACUAUAUGUUCUAUCAGGCCCUGGUGGAAGUCCUCAUUCCAGAUGUGCUAAGACCCAUACCUAGUUCCCUAACACAGGCCAUCCGAAACUUUGCUAAGAGCCUUGAAAACUGGCUCAAGAGUUCCAUGGGAAAUGUGCCGGAGGAAAUGGUUCAAACUAAACUUGGAGCAGUGAGUGCCUUUGCGCAGACGUUACGUCGUUACACAUCCCUGAACCACCUGGCCCAGGCAGCCCGCGCUGUCCUUCAGAACACAUCACAGAUCAACCAGAUGCUCACAGAUCUCAACAGGGUUGACUUUGCUAAUGUACAGGAGCAGGCUAGCUGGGUGUGUCAAUGUGAUGACAGUGUGGUCCAGCAGCUGGAACAGGACUUCAAGAAGACAUUACAGGCCCAGAACUCACUGGAACAGUGGGCCAUCUGGCUGGAAAGUGUAGUCAACCAGGUCCUUAAACCUCAUGAGGGCAGCCCCAACUUUCCCAAGGCUGCUAGACAGUUUCUGCUGAAAUGGUCGUUCUAUAGCUCAAUGGUGAUUCGAGACCUGACACUGCGCAGUGCGGCAAGUUUCGGCUCGUUCCACCUGAUCCGCCUAUUGUACGAUGAGUACAUGUUUUAUCUGGUAGAACACAAAGUGGCCUCUGCUACUGGCGAGACGCCGAUAGCUGUCAUGGGAGAGGUAGGCAUUUUUGUGGAUUUGAGUAGUGCAGUUGCCAUGAGUCUGUCAGAGGCAGACACUGAAAAACUGAUUGCCCCUCCCACAAACAAGUUCACAGCCACACCUACUUUCAAGGCCACGCCCACCCUCCUCCAAGCCCCCCUUGGCAAGACCAUGGGGGGUGCAACUUCACUUAUUGCCAGAACUACAGCAGAAAACAUUGGAGCCAACUCCGGGGCCACUACACUCAUGGUUCUCACAACCAGCAGUGUUUCUACAGCGAAUCACAAUGGAGGCUUGAAUAUAGCUAUGGCAGGCGGAAACCCAGGAACUCUUUCGGUGAAAACGGCCACUUCGACUGGUGGUGUAGGAGGUGCAAAAACCAUUGUUGUGAUGCCGGUGUCAAACAGUUUUGCAAGUGGUGAUGGUGCAACCGCAAAAAGAUUUAAGAUAGAAUAACAAAGGAACAAAACUAUGAACAAAAUGUUGAAUUUCAUUCAUGUCGUACAGUGGGGUAACUGACUGGCUCAGAGUUGUAUACUUUUCAGCACAGAACUGUGUUUAAAAUGAUCUGAGCUGAGUUUUUUUUUGCUCAUUAUUUAUUUAUCUUGAGAGAAUUCCUUCAUUCUGUUUCAUGAAAAACCAGGUAGUUUUGUUCUUAAAGUAUUCACUCUUGUUCAAAUGGUAGAAUGCUAGUUAAUAGAUAAUUAACUUUCCUAGGAAAGGAACUUUGUAACCAGACCGACUGGAUUUCUAGUAUUCAACAGAUGCAAAAGAUAUUGCUCAUUAUAAGUGGACAUUGGCAUACGUCUCGUUUUUUGCUGUUGACAUUAUAUAUUUUUCGUUUUUACGUGAUAUAUGUGCUACUGCUAUUUUUAAAACAGAAUACACCUUUGCGUGUGCUAUUACUUUUGUGUCAUUUCCACAGAACAAUUGGUUUAGCAUAUUUCUUUCAAACUUGGCAUUAUUCUUGCCGAGAAUUUGUCAACUGACAGUUUAUAUAACUGUUACAAAAGUUAAUUUGUGUUCAAUCCAUUUCAUGUGUGUGUUUUUUUUCUCAUUAGUUUCAAGUUAAUAGUUAAUACACUGUUUCUAGUUUUAAAUUGCAAUUCAUUCUGUAUAUAUCCAUGUAUAUUUUGUAAGUAAAAUCUAUAUUUAUAGCCUUUCAAAUUGUUUUCUACUACUUCAGUACAUGUUUGCGUUAAAAUUGAAUGACUGUUUAUAAUGUUUGAUGGAAGUCUGCAUGAUUCGGAUGUUUUUUUUCUAUGUUAUUGUAAUUUGUUCAUAAAACAGAAGUUAAUUUUCACAACUUAACCAGAUUUUUCUUGUAGUUUAGAAUGGAUUUCAAAAUAGAAAAUGGAAUUAGAUUUGCUUAUUUAAACAGCUUAGAGGACUCCCAUGUUAUAAAAGAUGAAAAAGGUGAACUGAGAUGACAUUGAAACCUAUUAUAGGUGUAAGCACACCAAAUUUUGGACAAGAAAUGAAAUGGCUUGAAUUUUUAUGCAUGCCAGUUUGAAGGAGCCAUAUUCAUAAAUGUUUUUGAGUGUAACUCGAAUGUUAUUGAAUAUCGGCUCUAUUGUUGUUUUAAGCACAUUGUUGAGAGCACCAUAAAAUCAAAUGUAUUUUAAACAGCUGUUACGAGAAAUGUGAUAAAUGUAUAGUGUUUAUUUUAGAGUAUGUGAAUUUUUUAGAUAUAUAUUUAUUUAAAUGCUCUAAACGUCUGUGCUAUGUUCCAGUGUUUGAUUUGUCAAUUGGUCAUUGUACUGACUUCUACCUCAGAGGUAUUUUCAGAUCUUUAAACUGAGGUGUAAAAAUGAACAGUGACAGUUUUAACCUUGUGUUGCAUGAUAAAUCCAGUGUUUAUGACUUGAUAAAAACUGAGUUUUUUAAUAAAUACAGUUGUCAAAAUUAACACAAAUUGGACAAGCUGGUUAAAAGCCCCCGGGAAUUCAUCAAAAGUUCAUGGCUGGCCUGUUUUAAUUGGUUACGUGUUUUAAUUUCUAAUUUCAACAUGCCAGCAGAAAACAAACUAAAUUCAGCUUUAUAUGGAAUUUGACCCCCCAAUAAGCUGGCUGACGGAUAUCUCCAUUAACCUUAAUAUAACAUGUUGAUGCCUAUUUAUCGCCAUAUAAUUAAGUACCUUUUGAAUUGUAUUUGAUGGCUUAUAACCUAUAUGAAAAAUAAAAUAAAAUAAAACUACCAAUAGAACAUAAUGAACUUAUUGCAAUUUGUAUAUUUCCUCAAUAUUUCAACAGAACAAGAAAAUUAAAUGACCUUUUUUGCAAUCUUUGAUUGACAAAACAACUUUGUUUCCUAUUUUAUUUUGGGUUAAUUCUUUACAUUUGCAAAACACUUUCAAAUAAUAACCAUUUCGUAUGGUGUCACCAGCCAUUGAAAAUAACAAUGUUUGUGGGUUCCUAAAAAGAUCUUUUAAAAGGUUUUAAUUCACCAUAAAUAACUGAUUGUUUUAAUAAAGUCAUGCACAUUGAAUUGAUUGUGUUAACAAGUUUAUUUGUAUUGUUGGUGUUUAGUAGUUAUAUGUAUGUGUAUGUGUCGUGUGUUUACAGUACAGUACCAGUGCCUUGCUCUACUAGACACAUCUAAGCACUUUUUUGUCCACCCAUACCAUCAUCAAUAGCCAAACAUUUUAAAUUUAUGUUACGUUUUAAAGUAUUUCUGUAAAAUGAAAUACAUGUAUUCAAUGAUGUUUGUAAACUAGUCUUGUGCACAUUGUAUGUUUGGCUUUUGAUUCUUAUAGUCCAUUAAGAACUACAUUCAGAAUGAUUUAUUAAUAUUACUCAGUCCCAGAUUUUUUCAUUUUGUUUAGAUAUUGUUUAGUGUUUGUAUUUUUUUUUAGAAUUUGAUUCAAAGUCUGGCACUUUGCCACAAGUAGUUGUAUUUAAAGAAAUGUCCUUAUUUCAGCAAAAGUAAAGCAUUGUCAUCAGACCUUGACAAAAUAAGUAAAAAUGAGUUCAGGCCACAGUUUCUCGAAAAUUCGUUAUACUCAACUGAGUACAACAUUUAAAUAACAUAAAAUAACAUUAAAUAUAUGGAUAUUGUAAUUGGAACAGAAAUAAUUGAAAUUCUGGUUCAUUCAUAUUUUGACUUUAAUAUAUUUUAUUUUUGAUAUUUUUACCUAAUGGUGUGUUUAAUGGUGUGUUUUAACUUUCAUUAUCAAGUCGGUAAAUGUGCAAAAAAAACUAUUGAGUACAAGUUAAAAUGUUUGAAGAAUAAAAAAGUUAAGUACAUUUCUUUCUCUUGUAUGAACAUAAUCAAUGAGAGAACAUAAUUCUGACAGUAAGUUAGUUACCCAGUCCUGAGUAUUUAAGUAUUUUCGAGAAACUGGGUCAGGUUAUUGAAGUGUUAAGAAGGGAAGUAAAAAAGUUGGUUGAAGUGAUAUUCUAUCAAGGUUAACUGUGGCAGAAAAGCGCAGAAGGAUCUUGAUUUAUAUUCUUUACAUUGCCAUAUUUGAUGUAUUUGCGAGAUUUUUGUCUUUUAUUUAUUUUGAUCAGAGAUUGUACAUAACUUGUUUAAUGUUAGUAUUGUUGGGCUACACAUGUGUUCAAGGCAUCCUGGCUCUUUUCAUGGUUUUCACAUAGUUUGUGUUGUCUGGGACUCUUUAAGUUUAAAUUUUUUAUUGCAUUUUUUAUCCUCCAACUUUUUCAAUCUCUUGUCACAUUAAAAAUAGAUUAACUGAGUUUAUUUAUGAAAGACUCUUUGUAAAACAUUGUUUUUAUUCAAAUGGAAAAAAUGUACAAUGUACAUAUUUUAUAUCAAUAUUUUUUUUAUUAUUUGCAUAAUUAAAUAAUAGGGUAUAAAGCCUAAACCUUUCAAAACUAAUUACAUUUUAGAGUGAAACUGUGUGUUUCACAAAAUGUAACUUGAGAUUUGUCUAUGUCUGUAAAUUGAAAGCUUUAGGGUCAAAAUAAAUUGAUUACAAUUUUUAAUGUUGACCUAUAUCUUUCAGUUACUAAAGUAUGGACCCUUUUUAUCGAAUCAUACUUAAGUAUACUUUUUGUUUGCAUGCUAAUGUCAAUGAGAUGUAUAACAAACCCCAUAUUAAACUUACUGGGCAUAGUAACUGUAUGUGUUUGUGGUUCAAAAAACUUUGUUAAAUAUUGACAAAGAACAUUAGUAAUUGUUUGUAUUUCAAGACAGCAGAUACACAUACAUGAAUAUCAUCAUUUUAAUGUUGCAGCUGUGGAUUUGUUAACGCAAAUUUGACAUCCAUGCUUUCAUCAAUUUAAAAUAAAAAGCAUAGUAAGGCAACUUAUGAGAAAAAAUUAUCAAGAACAGACAUAUUAUACCGAAUAUUCUUUAUGACAUAUCAUCUUGGUUGGCAAGUAAAUAGUGCCAUGUUUACUGAAUAAAUGGAAUACUUUUUAAAAAAAUGGCGUUUUGAAAAUCUCCAAAUUGGUGACACAAAAUUAACAUUUUAAAAACCAGUAUUACAUAUUAUGCAAACUGAGAUAAAUGUGUGUUUAAUUGUUACUCUUAGUGUUUUAAAGCCCAUGCCUUUAUUUUUGUGACUUUAAUGCAAUUCUGUAUUUUAUGAAUCAAAAAAAAGAAAGUACCAUUAAACUAUCGAAUGUGUA